GACUUCCGCUGUUGCUUUCCAAAUCUUCUUUGAAAACUUAGAUUUUCCUCUUCAGUGGGUGCAGGUUUUUAUAUUCUCUCACAGCGUUUAGAUGAGCAUUUCUUCAAAAGCCAAAAAUGGUGUCAAAGAGAAGUGCACCUUCCAGGCAUCAUCCUCUCAGCGCCUAUGAAGUCACGUUUGCAGUGCUCUUUGCCAUUUUGCUGGUUCUCUGUGCUGGGUUAAUUGCAGUGUCCUGGCUGGCAAUCAAGGAAUCAGAAAAAGAUGCAGUAUUUGGAAACAGUUAUGAAGCCAGAGGGACCCUGAAAAUAACAUCAGGAGCUACAUAUAAUCCUAAUUUGCAAGACAAACUCUCAGCGGAUUUCAAAGUUCUUGCUUUUGACCUUCAGCAAAUGAUAGAUGACAUCUUUCAAUCAAGUAAUCUGAAAAAUGAAUAUAAAAACUCAAGAGUUUCACGAUUUGAAAAUGGCAGCAUUAUAGUCAAAUUUGACCUUUUCUUUGACCAGUGGGUGUCAGAUAAAAAUGUAAAAGAAGAACUCAUUCAAGGCAUCAAAGCAAAUAAAUCCAGCCAACUGGUCAUUUUCCAUAUUGACUUGAACAGCAUUGAUAUCACAGCAUCUUUGGAGAGUUUCCCUACUUUGAGCCCUGCAACAACUUCAGGCAAAUUAACAACCAACAGUCCUCUGACAACCACAGGCAAUGCCUCAGUGAAGUGCCCGCCUGGUUCAAGGCCUUGUGCUGAUGCUCUAAAAUGUAUCGCAAUUGAUUUAUUUUGUGAUGGAGAAUUAAACUGCCCAGAUGGUUCUGAUGAAGACAAUAAAACUUGUGCCACAACUUGUGAUGGAAGAUUUUUGUUGACCGGAUCUUCGGGGUCCUUCGAGGCUACCAACUAUCCAAAGCCUUCUAAAUCAAGUGCCGUUUGCCAGUGGAUUAUACGUGUAAAACAAGGACUUUCCAUUAAACUGAGCUUUGAUUCCUUUAACAUAUAUUAUACGGAUAUAUUAAAUAUCUAUGAAGGCGUGGGUUCAAGCAAGAUUUUAAGAGCUUCUCUCUCAGAAAGUAAUCCUGGCACAAUUAGAAUUUUUUCCAACCAAGUUACUGCCACCUUUCUUAUAGAAUCAGAUGAAAAUGAUUAUAUUGGCUUUCAUGCAACAUACAGUGCAUUUAACAGCAGAGAAGUUAAUAAUUAUGAGAAAAUUAACUGUAAUUUUGAAGAUGGCUUUUGUUUCUGGAUGCAGGAUCUAAAUGAUGAUGAUGAAUGGGAAAGGGUUCAGGGAAAUACCUUUCCUCCUUUCACUGGACCAGAUUUUGACCACACUUUUGGCAAUGCUUCAGGAUUUUACAUUUCCACUCCAACUGGACCAGGAGGGAGACAAGAAAGAGUAGGACUUUUAAGCCUCCCUUUGGACCCCACUUUGGAACCAGUCUGCCUGAGUUUCUGGUAUCACAUGUAUGGCGAAAAUGUCUAUAAAUUAAGCAUUAAUAUCAGCAGUGACCAAAACAUGGAGAAGAUCGUUUUCCAAAAGGAAGGAAAUUAUGGAAAUAACUGGAAUUAUGGACAAGUAACAAUAAAUGAAACCGUGGAAUUUAAGGUGUCCUUUAGUGCUUUUAAAAACAAGCUCCUGAGUGAUAUCGCGUUGGAUGACAUUAGCCUAACACAUGGGAUUUGCAAUGUCAGUCUUUAUCCAGAGCCAACUUUGGUUCCAACUCCUCCACCAGAACUUCCUACGGACUGUGGAGGACCUUUUGAACUGUGGGAGCCAAAUACAACAUUUACUUCUAUGAACUUCCCAAACAACUACCCUAAUCAGGCUACCUGUGUUUGGAAUUUAAAUGCACAAAAGGGAAAGAACAUCCAACUUCAUUUUCAAGAAUUUGACUUAGAAAAUAUUGCAGAUGUAGUUGAAAUCAGAGAUGGUGGAGGAAAUGAGUCCUUGCUCUUAGCUGUGUACACAGGACCUGGCCCAGUAAAGGAUGUGUUUUCAACCACCAACAGAAUGACUGUGCUUUUCAUCACUGACAAAGCACUGACGAAAAGAGGGUUUAAAGCCAACUUCACUACUGGCUACGGCUUGGGGAUUCCAGAGCCCUGCAAGGAAGACAGUUUUCAGUGUAAGAAUGGAGAGUGCAUUCCACUGGUCAAUCUCUGUGACCGUCUUCCACACUGUCAGGACGGCUCUGAUGAAGCACACUGUGUACGUCUCUUCAAUGGCACGCUGAGCAGCAAUGGUUUGGUGCAGUUCAGGAUCCAGAGCUCAUGGCAUGCAGCUUGUGCUGAGGACUGGACCACACAGAUUUCAAAUGAUGUUUGUCAGCUGCUGGGACUAGGGAGUGGAAAUUCAUCAAUGCCAGUCUUCUCUACUGGAAGUGGACCAUUUGUAAAACUAAACACAGCAUCUAAUGGCAGCUUAAUACUCACACCAAGUACACAGUGUCUACAGGAUUCACUGAUUCUGUUACAGUGUAACCAUAAACCAUGUGGGGAAAAGAUGGUGGCUCAAGAAGUCAGCCAGAAGAUUGUUGGAGGAAAUAACGCCAACGAAGGAGCCUGGCCAUGGCUCACUGCUCUCUCGUAUAACGGCAAACUGCUCUGUGGUGCUUCUCUCGUCAGCAACGACUGGCUGGUGUCUGCAGCCCACUGCGUGUAUGGGAGAAAUUUGGAGCCAUCCAAGUGGAAAGCAAUCCUAGGCCUGCAUGCGACAUCGAAUCUGACUUCUCCUCAAGUAGUGACCCGGUUGAUCGAUCAAAUUGUCAUAAACCCACAUUACAAUAAACGGAGCAAGGACAGUGACAUUGUCAUGAUGCACCUUGAAUUUAAAGUGAAUUACACAGAUUAUAUACAACCUAUUUGCUUACCCGAAGAAAAUCAAGUUUUCCUUCCAGGAAGAAUUUGUUCUAUUGCUGGCUGGGGGAGGAUUGUUCAUGAUGGUCCUACUGCAGACAUAUUGAAAGAAGCUGAGGUUCCUCUCAUAUCAAAUGAGAAAUGCCAACAACAGAUGCCAGAAUACAGCAUCACGGAAAACAUGGUGUGCGCAGGCUACGAAGAAGGGGGGAUAGACUCUUGUCAGGGGGAUUCAGGAGGACCAUUAAUGUGCCAAGAAAACAACAGAUGGUUCCUGGCUGGUGUGACAUCAUUCGGAUACGAGUGUGCGCGGCCUAAUCGCCCAGGGGUGUAUGCCCGGGGCCCGAGGUUCACAGAAUGGAUACAAAGUUUUCUCCAUUAAAAUAUUUCCUAAACCAAACACGAAAGGCAGGCACUUUUCUCAUUCCACUCCAAAGUUUGGAAAUUUAGAAUUUUGCAAAAUAUGGUUUCUAAAAGUCAUUAUUCUUAUCUAUGCCACUGAAAUGCUGUAGGGGAGAGAAACAAACAAAAAAACUAAAUUAAUCUUUACAAUAAUAAGUAACUUUUAAAUAAUACAUUUUGGUUUUUAUUGUGAGCAACUAUGCUUUCACAGAUAUAAUUCUCUUUGCUCUUAAUCAUUAUUUUUAUCAUAUUCUCUUAUUUAGAGAAAAAUUAGAAAAAGAAGUGAAAUAGACUGUUUUGCACAAGGUCUGUUACUGUUCGAAAUAAACUGCUGGAAAUAACCUACUUUCAGCUUAAACUGCUAUUAUCAAAAACUCAAUAGUCUUCCUGCGUUUCUAUCCAAACACAUUUCUAAUUCAUCUUGAGCAUAUUUUUAAUGGUUCCCCUACUCAUAAAAAGUAUGUCUUCUAAGCUCAUGUCAGAGACCUGGACUAAGUUGAUUGCAUGUCCCUUUCAAAUAUGCUAAUUAAACAGCAAACAAGCACAAGUCUAUAUAUUGCCCUACUAUCAAAAUAAAAGGUAAAUUUACUGAUAUUGUAGUUUUUUAUUGGAUCCUUUAUUACCUGAAUUAUUCAUACUAUCUAUUUUUUACAAGCUGGUAUUUUUUUUUAAACUUUCAAAAAUAAGUAUACAUAUUUAAGAAAUGAAACUAGUAAAAAUUUAUUUUUCCCGAUUUAUGUGUGUUACAGUGGAUGUUUCUAACAUGUGCAGCAUUUAUUUAAACACAGCUGAAUUGCCCAUUAGAAGACCAAAAAUGUGGAAUAAAUGAAUUUGUUUCACGGCUUUAAUCUCUUGGAUCAUUUCCAGAGUAAGUGCAAACUUCAAUUUCG